AUGUCGCCUGGUAUACCGGAACAAGAAUAUAUAGAGCUAUCAGAUAUCGUCGUUGAAAACACGACAAGGUCUCAUACUGCACUAAAUAUAGGGGAUGAUUGGAACCUCACCACAGAUCAGAUUCAAUUUAUACUCUUAAGACUUGGUAUUAUAACUGAUGAUAACUAUAGACCUGGAUCAUCCUUCGACAUAAGUAUAACUCAAUCAUCGAGGUUUAUGAUAAAUAAAAUAGAUAAAUUGAGCAUAGAUGAAGCAAUUACUAUACUUAGAGAGGCAUUGGCUGAACAUAAGGAUGAUUUCAAUUUCUUGCAUGAAGAUUAUCAACUUAUACAGAGGUUGGUCCACCUAAUUCCAGAAGAUUUUGAAAUAUCAGGCAAACAAGAGUUUAAAAAAGCGAAUGAAGAAGAAUUUGAAGAAAAGCCAACGCAUUUUAAGAACAAGACGUAUUUGAAUAUCGUAGACUGGAAUUUACAAGUGCGACUCGAGGCAGUGUUGAUAGCAUUCCAUUCGCCAUACCCUGAAGUAAGAGCUAUAACGGACCCAUUUGAUGAUUUAGACAUGCCUUCAGAAACAAUAAGGGCCUAUGUUAUCGGGUUUUUCUGGACACUAAUAGGUUCAAUUAUAAAUAACUUUUUUGUUCAUAGAUUGCCAUCCAUAGCACUAGGGCUGCAUACUAUACAAUUAUUACUCUUACCAACUGGUAGAUUGUGGGAGAAAAUGAUGCCUUAUGAUAAAAUGAUAAGUAUUUUUGGGUUUCAAUUUAACUUGAAUCCUGGGCCUUGGUCAUAUAAGGAAAUGAUGCUAAGCACGAUUAUAUAUCUGUGUUCAGCUGGAACACCAUAUCUGAUUUAUAACAUUUUUGUCAUGAAGCUAGAUAAGUUUUAUGGAUUGAAAUGGGUUACUUGGGUAUACCAGCUUUUAUUAGCCCUCUCUACACAAUGCUUAGGUUUUGGAUUUGCGGGCAUAAUGAGAAAAGUCUGUAUUUACCCAGUAAAAUCUAUAUGGCCAACUAUACUACCUACAAUUGCUUUAAAUAGAGCUUUAAUGCAUCAAGAAGAUGAGAACACCCCCCCAAUACAUGGAUGGAGAAUAUCAAGGUAUUCCUUUUUUUACGUAAUAUUUGGUUUGAGUUUCAUUUACAACUGGAUUCCAUCUUACUUUUUUACUGCAUUAUCUACUUUUAAUUGGCCUACCUGGAUAAAUCCAUAUCUGGUCCAUUUGAACAAUGUCACUGGAUUCAAAUCGGGCUUAGGUCUUAAUCCUUUGCCUACUUUAGACUGGAAUAUUCUUGACGCAGCUGGCUGUCUCACAUUCCCAUUUUACACAUAUGCAAAUCAAUAUCUUGGAUCAAUCUUAGGAUUCUUUGUAAUCUUAAUUGUUUAUUAUACCAACAAUAAAUGGACUGGAUACUUACCAAUAAAUUCCAAUGCUCUAUUUAACAACAAGGGUAAAAUUUAUAACGUUCAUAGUAUUUUGAAUGAUAAAAAUAUGUUUGAUGAAGAAAAAUAUAAAGAAUAUGGACCACCGUAUUUUAGUGCUGCUAAUUUGGUUUUGUAUGGCGCUUAUUUUUGUUUAUAUCCGUUUGCGAUAAUCUUCCACGUUAUAACUGAAUGGGAAUCAAUGAAAGGAAGUUUUGUAAAUGUUUGGCAUUCUAUUGUUGAUUCACUGGCCAGUAAAAGUAAUAUCUUUGGUAGGUAUAGUAAGGAUCCACAUUGCGUGAUGAUGUCCAAAUAUAGAGAGGUUCCAGAUUGGUGGUUCUUAGUGAUUUUGGGGGUAAGUACCAUAUUUGCAAUAUUGUGUGUAUCAUUAUAUCCCACAGAAACGCCGAUUUGGGGUAUUUUCUUCACGAUUUUUAUCAACUUUAUAUUUUUGAUUCCCAUGACAGCUAUUGCUUCUGUCACUGGAUUUUCCUUUGGCUUAAAUGUACUAGUGGAAUUAAUUGUCGGUUAUACAAUACCAAACUCCGGAAUAGCGUUGAUUACAUUAAAAAGUUAUGGUUAUAAUAUAGAUAGUCAAGCUAGUAAUUAUAUUACUGAUCAGAAAUUGGCACACUAUUCAAAGUUACCGCCCAGGGCAAUAUUCAAAGGGCAGUUAAUAUCUACGAUAAUAAGUGUUUCAGUUGCCUUAAUAAUCGCCAAUUGGCAAUUAGACAAUAUUCAAGAUAUAUGUGAUUCGCAUCAAAAAGAAAGAUUUAGUUGCCCUGGUGCUAACACAUUCUUCUUUUCAAGCGUUCAAUACGGUGAAAUCGGCCCCGCAAAGGUUUUCAGUGGUUUAUAUCCUGUUUUGAAAUG